GUGAUAAUGGCUGCAGACACCAAGAGACACAACUGCCCAACAACACGGCGGGCAUCCGUUGGGAAGUGACUGAGUGAGCGUGUGUGUGUGUGGGAGAGUAUGGAACGCCUCUCCCCAGCAAGUCGAUCCAGAUGCCACGUUCUGGGCCGGAAACUUGCAGCGUUGCCAACACCUCUUGGAGCGUUAUAGUCAGCGGCACUGACCACAAAGCUGGCGAGGAGGUGGCCCGCUCCAUCACUGGGGCGCCGCGCGGCUCGCGCGCUAGCAUCUUCAUCAGGGGCUCGCUGGCCGACGAGGGGUCGGUCCGGGCGCUUCACGAGGCUGCCGCGGCGGCGUGGGGCGGCCGCAUCGACGCGGCCGUCAACGUGCCGGUGGACCUGAGCGACGAGGACCAGGACGUGCGGCUGGCCGACUUGGACCCGGCCGUCUUUGGCCGGGCCAUGUCGGGCUGCGCCUUGCCGACCUUUAUCAGCAUGCAGGCCCAGAUCCGGCACAUGCUCCCUCUGAGCGAGGGCCGCAUCGUCAACAUCGCCUCGGCCAGCCCGCCCAACAUCCUCGACGAGGGCGGCGCCGACGCGUCGGCCAGAUAUGCGGUAAGCAACCCGGAGCUUCUUUUUAUUCUAUCCUAUAGCCCAUCCCGUUGGUUCCAAGCAGCUGACGUCUCUGAUGGUAUCCUCAUCAACGCCGUCGUGCCGGCCUGCCUGAGCCAGCGCUUCAUGCAGGAGGCCCUGUCUCCUGGCUGGCUCGGGACGGGGACGGCCUUUGCGGGCGGCAAGCCCCCUUCGACGAGGCAGGCCGGGGACCUGGACUUUGCCCGGUCUGUCGCGUAUCUGCUCGGAUGCCAGAAUGCGUUUGGGCAGAUUGUUACAGUGGACGGGGGUCAAUAGCUGGGUUCUGGCUCUGGUGUUUUUUUGUUUUUUUUUUGCUUUGGUUGGGAGUAGACAAGCGUGCUGG